GCCACGCGAAUAUAACACACACUGGCAGAUAUUACCCAGUCAGCCUUGACACAACCGCCUGUAGAGACCCUUUGUCGCUCUUUCUUAGUCCAUUUGCACAUAAUGGAACCGGCUUCGCGGAUCUCUCUCCUGCCAGAAGUGGGUGACAAAUUCCCACUGCAGAGCGAGGGCAUCACCCGACCCGUUCCGGUGGUCCUUUUCUCUUUCAACCACCCUCGGGACACGAUUAGUCUCGCCUCGAGCCCUGAAGCCCUUGAAAAUGAACAGCGACGUGUGCUGUCGAAAUCCGGUGGCCCAGGUGAUAAUCAGGAAGGGGGUCCGGUUGAUAGUUCGCCGGCCGGUGACCAUCUACGCGUCCUUGUUGUGCCUGGACAUAUUCCCCACGGCCCCGACGUCCCGUCUUGCCCACCGACCUUCAAGUUCGCUAAAUACGUUACCGGAACAGAGCGUCCGGCCUUCUUCUUCGAAGACCUGUGUCGAGUGGCUAUGCUGCAGGAAAAGCUAGAGGAUCUUCGUGGCACCCAUAUUGUGACAGACACGGAAUCGCUGUGGGCUCUGUUUUCCGUCCUUCACGACAUAGACUCCUAUCUAGGAACGAAGGUGGCCAAGCGUGAUUAUGGCCUUCGGCUGUUGCUGCAUACGGAAAGCGGCGUCACCUUUAUGAAGGUUUUCAACACCUACACGACGAAUGGAAUCGCGGUCGAGUCUGCGACCCAGUUCGUGAAGGAAAACGCGCUAGAGUGGUGUCCUUCGAUCAACAACCACGAGCUCCCCACCCUCAACCCGCCCACGUCCUACAAGCAAGUCGUCACAUACACCAUGGGAGGACUUAGGCUCGUCGUGCAAGACGGAGAUCGCAUAUGUUCGACGGAACAUGCUUGUGAGCCUCUGGGGGAAGAUUACCUCUACAGGGACGGUCAUGACUAGGAAGUUGGCCGCCCGGAGGAACCCUCUUCCCUGCCGCGCGCCAUAUUUGUCGGCAACACUGCAAACGUCGAAAACGAGAGCUUGGGAGCUUACUGUCAGGAAAAGCAUACUGGCGUAAACUUUAGGAUCAUGGGUCAGCUGUGGUUCUCGGGAACUAGGAUGGCACAGGUC